AUGACAGACAUUAAACGUAAUUUCUCAGAUGUGAUGGACUACUCACCACAAUCACCCGGUGAUGAGGAGAAUGACUUGAAGAAACUCCAUACCAAACCAGGUAGAAAACCGAUCGAUACUGAACCCAAAUCGAAAAGGACAGCCCAAAAUAGAGCAGCUCAAAGAGCAUACAGGGAAAGGAAAGAGCGCAAGAUGAAAGAGUUGGAGGACAAGGUCAAAUUAUUAGAAGAUGAAAAUGUGAAAGCAAUGACCGAAACAGAUUUUUUAAAAGCGCAAGUAAAUAUCUUAAAGAGUGAGUUGGUCAAAUAUAGAGGUUCGACCGAUUUCCUGGAUUUAAAUCUUCCCAAAACGGUGGGUCAUUUAAGCCAUCCCAACUCUAAAUCAAGCAAUGUUAGUCUGUCACCUCAAGAAAAUAACGAUAGCUCUUCAUCAACUUCCAAAGGAUCUGUUUCAGACAAGGCAUCAACAAACUCGUCGAUAUCGAACAAUUCACCCAACUACUCAUUCGGUGUCCCUUGGUCAAAGGACAAUUUAAAGCUUAUGAAACAACAGCAGCAACAACAAUAUCAAGGUAAUCAGCAGAAUAACGACAAUACAGUCCCAGAUUUAGUGUCGGGCUCCUCGUCAUCAACCACACCAUUGAACGACAAUAUUCUUGUAACCCCAGGUGGGGUGACUGAUGUUGCUGCCACUGCUGCUGCCAAAAACAACGACACUAGCUUGAAUUUCAUGCGUAACUUUGAAGAAGAACUUGAUCCAUUCUGUGUCAAAUUAGGCGAAGCAUGCGGUACCAGGAAGGACCCUGUGCCAAAAUCUAGAAGAUCGAUACCCAAUACUCAUAAUCAACUGAAGACAACGACGACGACCGAAUCCACGCGAUUUGAUUCACCUUUUUCACUAAUGUCGCCUACGUAUCCAAAAUUCUCAACAGAACUGAAUAUAGGCGAUGGCAAUGAAUACAAUGAUAAUGAAUUGUUCAAUUUGAAUACAACUGAUUUCGAUUUCAAUUUAGUUGACAACAAGUAUAAAGAUUCAGAUGAUCCGUUGAGUUUUCUCAAUGAUAACAAUUUUGACGUUUCACUAGCGUUUGGAAACCCAAAUAAUGGCGAUGGAGAUAGAGAAGUGGCUGAUUUAUUAACUACCGAAGAGUCCAUGUAUGAUCCAUUGAACAAGGAUGAAGUCAAUACUGAUUUCAAUUUCAAUGACUUUAUCAAGAAUUCAAUAACUGAUAUCAAUAGAAAUUCAGUUCUGAACCAAAGUGGUGAAGCAAUCACGCCUUCGACAAACACCCACAAGGAAGAAGCAGUCAACGAGGAUGAUAGUAGCAGUGACGAGAUUGUUCCAGCACCAAGAGCCACAAUGAAGUGCAGUGAAAUUUGGGAUAGAAUCACGGCCCAUCCCAAGUAUACUGAAAUUGAUAUUGAUGGAUUAUGUAAUGAGAUGAAGAAUAAAGCCAAGUGUUCAGAGAGAGGAGUAGUGAUAAAUUCAGAUGAUGUGAACCAGUUAUUGGAAGGGAGCAUGAAGAAGGAAAAGAGUGAUGCUUAUUGA